AUGGAGAGAAAAUCAACUGAAGGCUUUCGAAUGUGUUUUUUGUGCGCUUGUAUGCUACUGUUUAUCUUGGGAGCCUCUGCUGCAGCAGACAAUAUUACUCCAAACCAAUCUAUCCGAGACGGUGAAACUCUAGUUUCAGGUGAUGGAAGCUUCGAAUUGGGAUUUUUCAGUCCACGUAAUUCAACAAAGCGUUACCUAGGAAUAUGGUACAAAGUUUCUCCGGAGACAGUAGUUUGGGUAGCCAACCGAGAGGCUCCUCUUACCAAUCAUUUUGGAGUUUUAAAUGUCACUGAACAGGGUACUGUUAUCAUCCUGGAUAAAAAACCUAGCAUUAUUUGGUCAUCCAGUGGAAUAAGAACUGCUGAAAACCCAGUUGUGCAGCUCUUGAACUCGGGAAAUCUUGUUGUAAAAGAUGGAAACGAUAGUAGCUCAGAAAACUUCGUAUGGCAAAGUUUUGACUAUCCUUGUGACACCUUACUGCCUGCAAUGAAGCUUGGAAAAAAUUUUGUUACUGGCAGGAACUGGUCUCUAACGUCAUGGAAGAGCCCAAAUGAUCCUGCUCGAGGCCAGUUUUCGGCGUCGAUAGAUCCUCAGGGGUUUCCUCAGCUAGUCGUUAGAAACGGAAGUGUAAUACUUUAUAGAGGAGGGUCAUGGAAUGGAAAACGUUUCACAGGGACUCCUGAGUUGGAACAGGUUGAAUCUUCUAAUUUGUUCAAGUAUGAAUUUGAAUUGAAUAAGAAUGAGGUGUACUACAAAGGUGAGCCCUCUGGUUCACUGACUUCAAGGUUAGUUGUGAAUCAAUCAGGCUUUCUGGAGCGCUUUGUAGGACCAAACUUACGGCAUGCCAUCUAUUUUGCUCCUCGUGAUGAAUGUGACUAUUAUGCAGUAUGUGGUGUAUAUGCUAUCUGCGUCACCGGUAACUCCCCAUCAUGUGCUUGCUUGGAUGGUUUUGAACCAAAGUCCCCUAUGGAUUGGAACAAUUUAAAAUGGUCUGGUGGGUGCGUUCGAAGGACUCCAUUUGAUUGCAGAAGUUCUGUGUUUACAAGGCACCCUGGGAUGAAAUUGCCAGACACAUCACAUUCUUUUUUGAACAAAAGCAUGAGUCUUACAGAAUGCCAAGAAGAGUGCUUAAGGAACUGCUCUUGCAUGGGGUAUGCAAAUUCAGAUAUCCAACGAGGAGGGAGUGGAUGCUUGCUUUGGUUUGACAACCUUAAUGAUAUGAGAGUAUUCACCAGUGGAGGACAAGAUCUCUACAUACGGAUGGCCAAUUCAACAUCAGCUCCUCUUGUUCAAAGCAAAAACUCGAGUAAGAAGAAGAAAGUGGCACUUAUUUUCAUCCCAGUAAUAUUAAUAGGAGUGAUUUUGGGAGGAUUGAUCUUCUGGAUGAUGUGGAAGAAACUCAGAAAGCAAGAACACAAUAGGAGAAACAGUUACAACAUUGAAGGUGGAAAGGACGGCAUGGAGUUACCAAUAUUUGAUUUAAACACUAUAGUGAAAGCCACAGAUAACUUUUCAAACAACAAUAAGCUAGGACAAGGAGGUUUUGGACCUGUUUACAAGGGUACAUUGCCAGACGGGCAAGAGAUAGCAGUAAAGAGACUUUCUAAAAGUUCUGGGCAAGGAUUGGAAGAGUUCAAAAAUGAAGUUGGAUUGAUUGCAAAGCUUCAGCACCGGAAUCUAGUGAGACUUCUUGGCUUUAGCAUUGAAGGAGAUGAAAAGAUGUUGAUCUAUGAGUACAUGCCCAACAAAAGCUUGGACUACUUUAUUUUUGAUCAAACAAAAAGCAAAGUACUAGAUUGGAAAAGGCGGAUGCAUAUCAUUGGUGGAAUUGCUCGAGGACUUCUUUAUCUCCAUCAAGACUCUAGACUAAGGAUUAUACAUAGAGAUCUCAAAGCCAGCAAUGUCUUACUAGACAAUGAUAUGAACCCCAAGAUUUCAGACUUUGGCAUGGCAAGAACAGUUUGGGGUGAUCAAACUGAGGCAAACACAAAUAAAGUUGUUGGAACUUAUGGUUAUAUGCCUCCUGAAUAUGCUGUAGAUGGACUCUUCUCAAUAAAAUCUGAUGUCUUUAGCUUCGGUGUGUUAGUAGUUGAGAUUAUAAGUGGGAAGAAGAACAGAGGAUUCUUCCACCCAGAUCACAGCCAUAAUCUUCUUGGACAUGCAUGGAAACUGUGGACGGAAGAGAGGCCGUUGCAGUUGAUUGACAGCACCUUGGGUGAUUGUUUUGUGGUGUCUGAAGUUCUGCGAUGUGUUCAUGUGGCUCUGCUAUGUGCCCAAACACGACCAGAGAAUAGGCCAAAUAUGUCAUCCGUAGUUCUAAUGUUAGGUAGUGAGAAUCCAUUACCUGCACCAAAACAGCCUGGUUUUUUCACUGAAAGGAAUCUGCCUGAAUCAGAAUCUUACUCAUCAAGCCAUCACGAAUCAGCUUCAGUAAAUGAAGUUACCAUCUCAGAGGUAGAGGCACGAUAGAAGAUGGAUCCUUGACAAAAGGAAUGAAGCAUUGCAUGGUUUCCAUGGAUAAGAAGACAUGAAUAGCCUACAAACUUCUGGGGUAAAAUAUUGUCCCUGUCUGUUGCCUAUCUAAAGAGCUAUAGUGAUUUUAAUUAAGCAGGUUUGUAGAUAUAUAACUACACUCACCAGACAAUGGGCUGAAGAUAUGCAAUUUUCUUGGC